AUGGCUCCAUCCACACUUUCCCAACUUUAUAAGCUCAUUGCGGAGUCAGUAGCCGCUAUCGAUGCCAGUUGUGCUACUCGGGGUGUUGAAGUUCCCAGCAUCGAUUCCGCAUUCACUCCUGGGUCCGAAGCAUUCCGCAUGGACCCCACUGUCGCUGAAGCCAUCAAUAUUGCGACGGCGUCUGCGUAUCAGAUAGCGGCUCUCCUAGAACCUCCAUCGGUUUCCGUCUCUCACAUCGCAUCCGGUCACUAUAAAGCGAUUGCUCUUAGGGCUCUCCUCGAGACGAACACUGUCGAGAUCCUGCGGGAGGCAGGACCAAAGGGUAUUCAUGUGGAUGAGAUAGCGAAGAGGAAUCAACUAGACCCGAACAAGAACGCUCGUCUACUUCGCUACCUCUCCACGUACUACCUCUUCCGCGAAGUCGAGCCAGAUGUCUUUUCAAACACUCGUAUUUCGUCGAUGCUUGACACAGGGAAAUCUGUUGAUGAACUUCUCGCUAAACCCCGGGACAGGCACGUAGGCACCUCCGGGUUUGCCGCUUUAAUCGAGCAUAUCCUCGACGAGGGAUGGAUGGGAGCAACCUCCGCUGUCGCGACCCUUCGUGAUCCAAAGACUCGCUUUUCCGGGGAGCCCACUGAUGCACCGCUGGCUCGUACUACAGGUUCAAAUGUCCCUUUCUGGGUCUGGAUCGAACAGCCAGGCCAGGAAAUGCGCCUUCAGCGUUUUGGAAUUGCUAUGCAAGGAGUGGCCGCGAUGCAGCCAGCAGAGGCGGCUCUUGAUAGCUUCGACUGGAAAAGUCUCGGAGUGGAAGAUGUGGUGGUCGAUGUUGGAGCCGGAGUCGGCGCCGUCUCUCUCGCGCUCGCAAAGUCCUAUCCGUCUCUGAAAAUUGUGGUUCAAGACCGUGAUGCCGUGAUUGUGCAGGCAAAUGGGAUCUGGGCUAAGGAGCUUCCCGAAGCUGUUCGGUCUGGGAGAGUCAAGUUGCAAGGUCACGACGUCUUCACUCCGCAACCCGUCAAGGGAGCGAGUGUAUUCCUCCUCAAGCAAAUUUUACAUGACUGGUCUGACAGUUAUGCGAUCACGAUACUGAAACACCUGCGUGCGGCCGCGACACCGAAAACGAAGCUCGUGGCCAUGGAGAGCAUCGUGCCUUACGCCUGCCGCGAUACCCGAACUGUCGAUAAAGAUGGGAUUCCGGGGGCUAUGCCUCAUGAGGCUCCCGAGCCCCUUCUCGCUAAUUUCGGCCCAAUUAAUGACAUGCAGUACAACAGUGACUUCACGAUGUUCUUAUUGGGGAACUCGCAGGAGAGAACGAUAGAUCAUUUUUAUUCACUCCUUCUGGCGGCAGGUUGGAAGAUCAUCAGAGUGUAUCAGGGAGAAGGUCGCUCUGCUUUUAUGCAACAGAUGGAGGCUGUACCUGUUUAG